AUGGCCACAUACGCUCAACCAUACCAGAGCCAGCACUACGCUCACAGGAGCACUUAUCCACCACUACAAUCUGCCCCCGUUUCUUCUCAGAGCAGCUGGGCUCGCGGCGGCACGGCAGCAGCAGUAGCAGCACCUCCCCCAGUCCCAUACGCAGGCGCUCCGCCACCCAUACCCGCGGGCGUCUCUGUCAACCCGCAACAGUGGCAGGCCGGCUCCUGGCAAAUCAACCCCGCAUACAGGCACCCCGCCAACGCCCCCGCACAGCAGCAGCAUGUGCCAUGGAUCCCGAGCCAUCAUUGGACUCAGCAGUACCAGCCGCCGGCUCAGCACCAGCAGCAGCCGUAUCAGCAGCAAGCCGCCCAGCAGCAAGCGAGCUAUAACCCGUACAAGCGGGUACCCAAGCCGCCUAGUAAAGAGUAUCUAGAAACAGAACUGUCCGCGAAUCCGCUUGGAUUGGAGAACAUGGUUCCUGCCUCUGUGGAAGAAUACUAUCGGCGCGGGCACCAAACACCCUGGAUCUGGAAGCCGCGGGAUCUCGAUGACGACGAGUCGAGCGCUAACGGCAGCACCAGCACCAGCACCAACGCCAACGCGCCGCGGCGGCACACCGACGGCGAUAUCACCCACCAGCCCAGCGAGCCCGAGUCAUUCACAGCGAAACGCGAGCUCCAGCCUACAUUCUCCAGCAAGAUCGUACGCACGCCGGAGCACUACCGCAACACGCCGUCGCCCAAGCGCGCGGGGUCAUACAGCUCGAUCGACUCGAGUCUCUCCUCGCGCAUGAGCUCUUUCAGCAUAAGCACAGGCGAAACCAGCUCGCCUACACCACUAUCGCGACAAUCGACGAUGCCCACCUCGCUCGGCUCCUCGUCCUCCUCCUCCUCGACGUCGUCGUAUCUUUGGUCCAACUCGGCGUCACCGACCAAGCGCGAGUUCGGUGCGGCUGCACAGCCGAUGCUGGCUGAUCAGCUGUCUGAAGAGCCGGAUAGCAUGCUUUCGCCGCUUGUGCUUGCGAAGACGCCUCUGCUCCCUGCGCGCACGGUGAGGAACCACCCGAACCCGCUGUUGUCGACGCAGUCGCUUGAUACCAUCCCUGAAGGCCCUGCGCGGCAAAGUUCGUUGAAUUCGACGGUGCGCGCGCCGGAGCAUAUUAAGUAUUAUCCACCACCACCGCAACAGCAGCAGCAGCAGCAACCUGCGGUUGGAGGGGGAGGAGGAGGAGGAGGAGGAGUGGGUACGAAUGGGAAUUAUUAUAGUAGCAGUAGCUCGUCGCUGCAACACGCGCACACGAUGCCGAAUUUGCCGAAAUCGCAGUAUAUCUACCCGAGCAAUUCGCAUAGUCGACAUCAAAAGGCAGAGGACCACAAUUGGGAGCGGGAACGAGAAAGAGAAGAGCGCGAGAAAGACCGAGAACGAGAGCGAGAACGAGAAAGAGAACGAGAAAGGGGUUUGGGCAGUCGACAUACGACGUACGUCGACCCGCAUCUGCCUUUGAGCGCCAACGCCAACGCCACGACGAACGCAAAGACGCCUUCGCCGCGGAACCACGUGCCGUCUCAUCCAUCCUCGGCACACGCGUCGCCGACGAACAUCACGCCCCCGAACUAUCCCACAUCGCCGCCCCACCAGCAGUCACAGCCGUACGCGUACGCACAACAGCACGCGCACACCGCGUACCCCUCGCCGUCCGCCACAGUCACAUCGCCCGCGUCACACACCGUAUUCUCACCCACCUCCUCCCUCUCCUCCUCCACCGGCCCGUCAUCGCGGCCCUCCCACACAUCGCCCUCCUCCUCCUCCACCGCCGUCGCACCCACCAACAGCAACCCUCUCCCACCACCGCCGCAGCUCCCCACACGCCCGCCCAUCCUCCCAACGCCCCGCACGCCCCCUGCAAAGUACAACACGCGCAUGCGCCGCGGCUUCUGGAAUAGGCGCGGCGACCACCUCACCGCGGACGGGUACAUCGUCUACGCCCCCGCGUCGCAGGCAUACCCGAACGAUCUGGUGUCGUACCCCGAUGAGGGUGUGGGGUACCAGGACCACCAUGGCUUGUUCACGGCGCAUAUGGCGCGCCCCGAGCUGCCGCAGAGUUUGCCGCGUUGGGGGAGGGAGCCUGAGUGUCCUUAUGAGAAGUUUGUUGUGUAUGAAUACACGUAA